UUAACGACAAUGCGAAGUCGUCUGGUCGUCUACGUUUUGGCCUCCGUCGCUCUAAUCACUUUCUUUCCGUGUAUCGUUCAAGGGCUGGUGUCAUGCUCACCUAAUUCGUGUAAAAAUGGAGCGGCUUGUGUUUCUAACCCAGGGGGAGAAGCCUUUUGCAACUGUACUCCGAUGUUUGUUGGAGAAUACUGUCAACAUAUGAACCCCUGCCACACGGGGGCUGGGCCGAGAUGCCAGAACGGUGGUAGUUGUUACGUGGGUGUAAGUUCCUCUGGUGGCCCGACCUUCACGUGCACCUGCCCCGUGGGUUAUUCGGCUUCUCUCUGCGAGAUUGCUCUUCCAAAUAGUUGUGACAGUGAUCCUUGUCAGAACGGAGGCACGUGCUCCCUCAUAACGCUGGACAAGUACACCUGCACAUGCGCAGCAGGAUUCAGAGGCAACCACUGUGAAUUAGUGGACCACUGUGCUUCCCAACCUUGUCGGAACGGUGCGUCCUGCCAGGCCUUACACGAUUCUUAUCGCUGCACGUGCACCGAGGGGUUUACUGGACGCACAUGUACGCACGACAUCGACGAGUGUCGGAAAGAUCUUUGUGUCCAUGGUCAGUGUGUGAACACUGUUGGCUCCUACAGAUUUCUAAACCAUCUUUCUCGUGAAAUGGUUAAUGAUUUCGAUGUGUGGCUAAAAGCUCGUGAGCUUUCGUCAAUUUUGAAUACUUGCGUACUUACUUGA